AUGUCACGCCCUACUGUGUCCAAGGCUCAGACCAGCUACCCCAUCUUUGCAGCCACAUUCGCCAAUAACAGACCUGGCAUUCUCGUAGUCGGCGGUGGUGGAGGCGCAGGCCGAUCUGGAGUAAAGAACCAAAUCACCGCAUUCGACUUCAGCUCGCGCGCACCCACCGUACAACCUAUCGCGGAAAUCGAAGCGAGCAAAGACGAUUCAAUAACGUGUCUGGACAACCUUUCAACAAAAGAUGGCCUGAUUCUGUUUGCCGGUAACAACAGCAGUGAAGAAAGCCGUUUAAAUGGCCGGAAUGAGCAUUUGCGCGCCUUUGAGCUGCAAUUACCGAAGAACAAAGGGCCAGGAGCAGAGAAGACAGACGGCAAACUAGAGUUUCUUAGCCAAACUACGCUCUUCACCACUCCUCAAUCGGACGGCGCAAGGAAAGAGGGCUACCAGCGGAUCAUCAGAUUAUCGCCACCACAGCGUGCAGCCUCGAGUACGCCCAACAGGCGGAUUGGAGCAAUUGCUUCCAGUCUUGCUGGCGAUGAAAACGAAGUAGUCAUCUUCAGCGCAACAUCCAACAAACCCACAAGCCAAAACAUAAUAACGCGAAUCACGCUAACCAAAGAGCAAGAGGCGAAUGAUCUGGACAUUUUCACGCAAGAACAAGGGCGGUUCCGGGUAGCCUAUGUGACUAACCAAGAGGUGUUUGUGCAGAAUGUGAACCAUGAUUUCGACAAGAAUAAAGCUAGAGAAAAGAGCGAGCACACUCAAGUCUACAUGAUACCGCAUGCUGAGAAAGGUACACGGAGCAAACUAAGAUGUGUACGGUGGCUCUCACCAAAGCAUCUACUACUCCUAUCAAACAAGCCUAAUCGGACCGGCGUUGAACUGUUGCUUUUGCAUUUGUACGAGCAGGGGCCAGGCAGUAUCGUUUUGCGCAAGACAAUGCCAAAGCAUGUCAAAGCUGCUACCGAUAUGGAUGUCUGCCUCCUGGACGCAGACGACGAAGGUGCAUAUCAGAUUGCGAUAGCUGUAGGGGCGAUCGAUAUCUCCUUGACGGUGUAUACGAUGGACUACCAUGGCCCGGCUAGGGACUCAUUGAGCUCAUUUCAUUCGUUUAACAAGUAUGAUAAUGUACAUGAUGUGCAAAUGACCAAAGUCAUCUUUUCGCCAUUUUACAAGCCCGACGUCUCUGCUGGCCGCCAGACGCCACCUCAGUAUAUCCGUCUAGCCAGCACUAGCCUUGGAAAUACGAUUAGCGUGGAAACGUUUCCACUCCAACAUGUAGGAUCACGUUAUGUGCUACAGACGGCACGUUCAAGGAACAUGUUCACGGCAGCAACUUAUCUGGCCGUAGCCAUGGUCGUUGCAGUAUUAGCUCUGUUGAUACAGUCACUUGUAGAUCCGGAAGGCGACCUAACAAAGGGUAUACUCCCGGUACGACUGCAGAAGGCAGCAAGCCAGCAGAAGACGUUUGGUGAAACGCUCCGCGAGAAACGCCACAACGCCAUCCUCAACAAUGCGGAUUCACCGGUCGUCAAGACAUCGCAGCGCAUCGCCGAUCUACUACACUUGCAUCUCCCUCACGUCCUAUCCGACACGGAACCAGCCAAUGCACCUGAACCGAAAGCUUUGGUAAUACACCACGACCAUGAAUCUGAAGGCACACUCAGUACAGAAGUGCACGCAGGGGACGAGGAAGUGUUGAAGAAGCAUGUGGCGGCGAGAAAGUGGGAUGAAUUGAGUGAAAAGGAAAGGAGGAUAUGGAGAGAGAAGCUAAGUGAGGCGGGCAUGUGGGCUGUGGGCGAGGGGGAAACAAUCCUAAAGUCCAUCUUCUUUGGACAGAUUGGCGGCGUAAUCGGACAUGUCGCCGAGGGUGUGCUUGCGGGCUAGAGAUGUGAUUACGGGCGUUACAAGUUAGAAGGGCGGACAGGCAGGGGUGAUACCAUAUGGAACUCUAACCUUACGCAAGGCGCGCGUUGAGUGGUUGUGUAUCAUAGUGAACGGACAGUGUCUC